GGGUCACAAUGUCUAGGAGUUGUAUGUUAUCUUGUUUUAUUCUUACUAUAGCUUUGCUAUCUGCUCCACUCUGCUGUGUUGAGCUCCCUUUGAUUAAAAAAAAAAGACCAAGGUAUAGGUGAUCGUUAUUAUUAAAUCAAGGUGAUAAUUAAAUAAAUAAUGAUAAUGAAUUCGUCUAUUGUAGAUUGAUUACAUACUGGGGAAGAACCCUCGGAGGAUGAGCUACGUUGUAGGGUUUGGUAGCCAUUACCCAAAACAUGUGCAUCACAGAGGUGCUUCCAUACCAAAGAACAACGUUAAGUACAGCUGUAAAGGAGGAUGGAAAUGGCGGAACACAUCUAACCCAAACCCAAAUACAAUUGUUGGAGCAAUGGUUGCCGGUCCGGACAAGUUCGAUGGCUUCCAUGAUGUCCGUACUAACUACAACUACACAAGGCCAACUCUUGCUGGAAAUGCAGGUUUAGUCGCUGCACUUGUCGCCCUUUCUGCCCAUCAUGAUGCUAAAACCACGUCCGCCACCGUUAUUGACAAAAAUACCAUCUUCUCCGCCAUUCCUCCAAUGUUUCCCACUCCUCCACCGCCUCCAGCACCCUGGAAACCAUAACAAGCUCCUAUAUAUAUCCACCCCGGUCCGGUCAGUCGGUCACCACUCCUAAUAAGCGUCUUUCUUCAAAUAUGCAUAUGGAUACAUGGACAUUAAUUCUUGUAUUCUUUAGAUUUUAAAUGUGAAAUCAAUUGCAUGUGGAUAUUAAUAAAGGAAUUAAAAAUAAUUCAUCAACCGGCUGCUUAGGUUGUGUAUCCUGAAAUAAUUUUUCUGAAUGUAACAAUGUAUUCAAUUUACAUGACAACUCGUGUAGAAUAAAAUAAAAGAUGAUGAUAAUAGGGAAAAAGAUAUGUUAAGGAAGGUUGGGUUGGGCUAGGGUCAUUGUCCAUGUGUGAGCUGUAUUCCCAGUGUCUCCAACGGUUCAAAUAAUAUAAUAUUAUUUAGAAGGCAUAGUUGGAAUGAAGUCCUUCUCUCAAUUCACAUGACAAUAUGACAUUAUUGACUUUAGACCACUUGUCCGCGUUCACCAACACCAGCCAGGCACCACCGCCACUAUGUGAUUUCCUAAUAUCCAUCCCUUUUCAUAUUUUCAUUUCUGUUAAAAACUUUAAUUGAACUAAACAAUAGAAAAUUAUUUAUUUUUGUUGGGAGCUAUCUACAUUAUAAAAUAAGACAAAGAGAUUAGCUGUGAAAGAAAAUAAAUAAAGUGAACGAGAGAGAAGAAAGUAAGAAACGGAGAGAAACAGAAUGGAAUAUUAGCUCAUCAAAUAUUCGAUAGUUAGCAAGUCCACUCAUUAUUUAGUCUUCUUUAGUCG